UUGUUCGAUUUGGUGGAUUAACUACAUUUAUUACAUGGAAACUGUACAAAUAUUAAUUUUUUUUCAGCUGAAAAGUCUGUUAUAUUCAGUAAUUACGGUUUUUUUUUCAAAAUUAUUCUCUUACAAAAUCCUCAAAUAUGAGCAAAUUCGCGGUAAUUAAUGAACCAUUUCCAAAAGACACCAUUUUUGUUGCAAAAUUAGUUCAUUUUGUGUAGAAUUCAAAACUUUCCGCAAGUUUAAAACAAUGAAAGUCUAAAAAACAGUCUUUCUGUCUUAAUAUUCGAAAACUACUUCCUAAAUCCAAUCCAGGCCUGAUAAGUUUCUACAAAACAAAGCAAGUCGUUGCGAUACCAUCUUCUCGUUUUGCGAUAUGCGCCUUUAAGAUCGUACCUUAAUAAAGCAAACUGUUUUUCUCCCGAAAAAGCAUACUUAUCAUCUGGUUUUUUUUGCUGAAAAUGUCCAGAAUUCGUUCUAAUAACGACAAUAUUAUAAUAUUAACAGAUGAACAACGAAAAACAGUUGGUCGCAUCGCCGGUCGUUCACAGAACAGAAAUACAUCGAAAAAAAUUGCCGAUGGCCCAUAUUUUUUGCCGAGAUACAGAAUUCGAGACAAUGCAGAGAGAUCAGUAGGUGCACGUUUCAAGAGUCUUCCACAAAAAGAACAAGACGAAGUAGUGAAUGAAGCUUUUUCGAAUCUUCGAGAAUAUUUGAAAAAGAGGGAACCUUUCUAUGCAAAGCUCCGGAAAGCUAACUCCAAGUAUUCCUCAAAGCCCAAAGAAAGAGAAAAAUCUGUCGACUCCAAUGACGAAGCUGAUAGACGCAAUAAGGGAAAUAAGAAAACUCAAAAAAAUGCGAGUAAGAACUGCCAAAUUGAGAAAUCGUCGAAUAAUUCUGGAAUUCUCAAAAAAAGUGGAUCAGGAAUCAGCGUGGCUUCUAAACCAAAAAAAUCAGUUGCAUUUGCACCAGGAGUAUACGAAGAUUUAAGCACCGACGAUGAUUUAGAGUUUUUAAAUUCUGUGAUUGUCAACAGUGAUCGUCCAACUUCACAGUGUGAUAAUCCGGCACGUAGAAUGUGUGGAAGACCGCCAACAAAACACAGGGACACUGAACAGUCACAGGAAAUCACUGGAAGCAAGAAGCAGAAAAUUUUUCCGACUCCUCACGAAAAACCUGCCUGGUGGUCAUUCCGCAUUCCAAAAAAACGCGCUCAAUAAUUCGUGGUUUAAUAAUAGUAGUUUUUAUAUCCCCCCAGUAUUAUCUGUAAAAUAAGAUCUCAUGUUCCAUUUUAUUUUGUUUAUGUUUGUAUCAAAUAUUCAAGUUAAUAAAAAAAAAAAUUUAUUUA